AUGUCAGGGGAAAAAAUUAUUAAUAAAAGGCAUCACAUGAGAGAUAUAGACUUCAAACUAAAUAUACUGAACGGAGAAUCAACUGCUUCAUGUAAAAUAACAGCAGGUAACAUUUUAAAUGUUCCAAAUGGGAUCAAAUUCUCACUAAGUGAUCAUACAUCUGUUUUAUGUAGCAUGUUGGGUCCGUAUGAGGAACGUCGCAAACGUAUUAAGCCUACGUUUGCUGUAUAUCCAAAUAGACUAAGAUUGUCAAUAUUUAUACGGCCUAAUUGUGGCAGUAUCGCUAAUAAAUAUAGGAAUUACGAAUUUGUCAUUAACAAAAUAUUGCAAACCAUAAUUACAACUAAUACAAUGCCACAGUGUGGGUUAUCUUUUGUUAUACAAAUUUUUAAUGAUUCUGGGUCGCUCCUAGCACAUUCAAUAAAUUCGAGUAUUGUGGCUUGCAUAAUAGGUGGUAUAUCUAUCGAAUUCAUCCCAAUCGCAGUCUCAAUAGGUAUCACUAAGUGCAGAGCUCCAAGUGAUAUUAAAAGUCAAUUCAUAGUGGACCCAUCAAAUGAAGAUUUAGCACGCUGUAUUAGUACAAUUACUGUUGUAUGUGAUCCUACAAAAGAUAUUAUUGUAUCUAUAAACGUGGACAAUGGUUUAUGUAUGCUUGAUAAGUCAAGCCAUAAAGUACUGUUUGAGUUGGCCAUGAAGAGUGCGAGAUUUGUAAGGGAAGAGAUAAGAAAAACUUGUAAUAACUACGGGGAUCAUAUUAGUAAAAUAUUUGUAAAUAAUAAUACAAAUGGGCACAAUUUAAUUGAAUUGUAA